AUGGAUGAGCUAAGUGUGAACGCUGAAAAAAAUAUUAAAGCCGGGUUUAGAAAAUGUGGGAUUGUUCCAUUAGAUGCUAACCAAGUUAUAGCAAGGCUUCCUCUGCAAGAAGAGGAUGAAGAGGUAAAGAAAAAAGCUAUGAAUGAUAGCGUCUUAUCACUGUUAAAAGAAAUGCGCUAUGGAUCCAUGAAUAUUAGAGAACCCCAAAAGAAGAGAAAAUUGGAUGUGGUGGCAGGAAAAAGUGUAAGUGCUGAGGAAUUAGAAAGGAAUGAAGAUCGGGAACCUUUGAAACCAAAAAAGAAAAGAACACUAAAGCAAACAAAUAAAUCAACUCCAAAAGGGAAGGGUGUGGGCAAAAAAACAAAAUCAAAAAUUUGCAACUUACAGAUAGACAACGGUGAAAACAGAAAUUGCGAUAUCAAAAUAUGCGGUGAAAGCAAAGAGGUAAAUGACGAUAAUAUAUUUGAGGUACCGGUUGGAUUACACGAUCCUGAUGUAGUGAUUCCUGAACCUUUUGAUUUUUCCAUUAAAGAAAUGCCAAUAAUUUUUGCUGAAAAUUUCGAUUUUUUUUUUAUAGGAUAG